AUGGGCGGUAUUUUCGAAGCUUUUGAAGUAUAUAACAAGAAUAAACAUUCGUCACACCCGCGGAUGUUUGGUGGCACCUCUAACACUGGGGGCACCAGGACUGACUAUCUGUACUCCAGCGAGCAUUACACUCCUAAACAGCAAAAAAUGGACAAAGAAGAGCUGCUGGGACAGUCGAUGGGCGAAAGCGCCAAAAUGACAGGCUUACCUGCUGACAAAAUGGUAGAUAUCUCGCACAUGUCCCAACACGAACUCGAAGAGCUGAUGAAGGGGCUGCGCAAGGGGGAGCCCAACAACCGGGUGAACUUUUGA